CGAACCCCUUUUACGUAAAGUGCGCUUCCCUGAUUAGUUUAACUGCUCUCCACGUGUUCAUUACUUAUUUAGCAUGCCACACCAACCCCCUCACUUUAGCCGUUUCCCCUCUCGAUCUCCUUCUCUUUCCUCACUCAUCUCGCACCUCACCGCCUUCGGUUUCACCGUUGGCUUUGCCGGAGAAACCGAAAGGAAAAAAAAAAAAAAAAAUGAACCGAUUCCUCCGGUGAUUGCCAACCGUCACUUACCUACCUGGUCGCAAUAUCAGGCGCCCUCUAGAGUCUCUCUCAGCCAGCUUCAAUGGCCGAAGUUAAAUCAGACGUGCCGGUGUACCUUCACGGCGACCUCGAUCUGAAAAUCAUCGAGGCGCGUUGCUUGCCGAACAUGGAUUUGGUCUCGGAGCGCCUCCGCCUAUGCUUCGUCGCAUUCAGCUCCUGCGGCGCACCGUUCUUUGACAAGAACAAGGAGCAGCAGCAGCAGCAGCAGCAGAGGCACGGUAAGAUCAUUACCAGCGACCCUUACGUCACAGUCUGCCUCGCCGGAGCUACCGUGGCUCGUACACGCGUCAUAUCCAACUCUCAAAGCCCCGUCUGGAACGAGCACUUCGAGAUCCCCCUUGCCCACCCGGUCUCCCACGUGGAGUUCUACGUGAAGGACAACGACGUUUUCGGCGCCGAUCUGAUCGGAAUCGCCUCCGUCUCGGCUCACCGAAUCGCUUCCGGCGAGACAAUCAACGACUGGUUUCCGAUAAUCGGCUCGCUAGGGAAACCGCCGAAGCCCGACGCCGCCGUCCGAAUUGAGAUGAGCUUUACGAAAUGCGAGGAGAAUCCUUUGUACCGGUACGGCAUCGCGGCAGAUCCGGACCAUUUCGGAGUCCGAAACUGUUACUUUCCGGUUCGGCGAGGGGGGUCGGUGACGCUGUACCAGGACGCGCACGUGCCGGAGUCGCUAUUGCCGGAGAUAGAGUUGGACGGCGGGAAAGCGUUCGAGCACGGCACGUGCUGGGAGGACAUAUGCGAGGCGAUAUUGGAGGCGCACCACUUGGUGUACAUAGUUGGGUGGUCCAUUUUCCACAAGGUGAAGCUUGUGAGAGAGCCGAGGAGGCCGUUGCCGAAUGGUGGGAAUUUGAGUUUGGGGGAUUUGCUCAAAUACAAGUCUCAGGAAGGCGUCAGGGUUCUGCUCUUGGUUUGGGACGAUAAGACUUCCCACAGCAAAUUCUUUAUCAACACUGCUGGAGUGAUGCAAACUCAUGACGAAGAAACUCGAAAGUUUUUCAAGCACUCUUCCGUUUCAUGUGUGCUAUCACCGCGAUAUGCCAGCAGUAAGCUUAGCAUUUUCAAACAGCAGGUUGUUGGAACCCUUUUUACACAUCAUCAGAAAUGUGUGAUUGUGGACACUCAAGCGUCUGGAAAUAACAGGAAGAUAACUUCUUUUAUAGGAGGCUUGGACCUUUGUGACGGCCGCUAUGAUACACCAGAGCAUCGACUGUUUCGUGAUCUUGACACUAUAUAUGAGGGUGAUUAUCAUAAUCCAACAAUUCCUGCAGGAACUAAAGGUCCAAGGCAACCAUGGCAUGAUUUACAUUGCAAAAUUGAAGGUCCGGCUGCUUAUGAUGUGCUCACUAAUUUUGAGCAGCGUUGGAGAAAAGCCACAAAGUGGUCAGAGUUGGGGCUGCGGUUCAAAAGGGUAUCUCGUUGGCAUGAUGACGCGUUGAUAAAAAUAGAACGCAUCUCGUGGAUACUCAGUCCUUCCCCAUCAAUUCCAAAUGGCGACCCUGCAUUAUGGGUUUCCAAUGCAGAUGAUCCUGAAAAUUGGCAUGUUCAGGUUUUCCGCUCAAUUGAUUCAGGGUCUUUGAAAGGAUUUCCAAAAAAUGUUCAUGAAGCUGAAGCUCAGAAUCUUGUUUGUGCAAAAAGUUUGGUUAUAGACAAGAGCAUUCAAACAGCAUACAUCCAGGCGAUCAGAUCGGCCCAACAUUUUAUAUAUAUUGAGAAUCAAUAUUUUCUUGGAUCAUCGUAUGCGUGGCCAUCCUACAAAGAAGCAGGUGCUGAUAAUCUAAUUCCAAUGGAGCUGGCAUUAAAGAUUGCAAGUAAGAUAAGAGCAAAUGAGAGAUUUGCAGUGUAUAUUGUCAUACCAAUGUGGCCCGAGGGUGCCCCUUCAUCUGCCUCCGUGCAAGAAAUUCUCUUUUGGCAGGGGCAGACAAUGCAAAUGAUGUAUGAAAUCAUAGCAGAAGAGUUGAAAUCCAUGCAUCUUGAGAGUUCACAUCCCCAAGAUUACCUAAAUUUUUACUGUCUUGGUAAUCGGGAAGAACUGCCAAAGGAAGCAUCAGGUUCACCUAAUCAAUGUUCCAAGAACGGAGAUGCGGUUUCUGCUUCACAAAAGUUUCAACGGUUCAUGGUCUAUGUACACGCCAAGGGAAUGAUUGUAGAUGACGAGUAUGUGAUAUUAGGGUCUGCCAACAUUAAUCAACGAUCUAUGGCUGGUUCAAGAGACACUGAGAUAGCCAUGGGUGCAUAUCAGCCCCAUCACACCUGGGGCAAGAAGAAGCGCCAUCCACAUGGCCAGGUAUAUGGGUAUAGAAUGUCUCUGUGGGCAGAACAUUUGGGGAUGUUAGAUGACUGCUUCAAGGAGCCUGAAAAUUUGGUUUGCGUUAAUAGUGUGAACAAGGUUGCUGAAGAUAACUGGAGGAAGUACACGGCGGAGGAGUUUACACCAUUGCAGGGGCACAUCCUUAAAUACCCUGUUCAGGUGGAUGCCAAUGGAAAGGUAGGCCCCUUGCCUGGACACGAGACUUUCCCAGAUGUUGGCGGUAAGGUGCUUGGAUACCGCACCACCCUUCCUGAUGCUCUAACUACAUAGGGUUCACCAAUUUUCUUGUUCAUAACUUGAUGUGCUUUCAUUUUGACAUAAAAGAGGGGUCAAAAAAGACAGAAUACAGGAGCCUUCUCCAACUGAGUUUAGGCUAGCUUGUAAUCAGUUACCAACACUGUACAAGGUAUAAUGUGUAAUCUGGUGUACCAUUCAAUUCAUUAUUUUUUGGGAAUAAAGAUUCUUAAAUUAAUGAA